UCCGGGGCGGCGCUGUCGUUGCAGCCAAAAGUGCUUUAGCUUCAAAAGCCAACGACUCUGUGUAAUGUACUGUACUUUCUCUCAGAAUAUAAUACAAAUCCAAAAUUCGAACAUCACUACUAGGCUGCAUUACCAUCUCAACCCAUACUGCAAUAUUAGUCGACAAUGGUUCUCUCUAAGCCCGAUAAUCAGAAGGUGCUCAGCGCAUUCAGACUGCGAGGAAAAGUCGCUGCCGUGACAGGGGGUGCCAGAGGCAUCGGCCUUGAGGUCUCAAGGGGUCUCGCUGAAGCUGGUGCACAUGUCGCCAUAAUCUACCGAACAUCAAAAGACGCACCCGAGAUUGCAGCCGAAAUUGCCGAAGCAAAUGGUGUCAAAUGUGCGACGUAUCAAGCCGAGGUCAAGGACCAAAAGUCUAUCGAAGACACAUUGAUCCAGAUAGCCAAAGACUUUGGUAAAUUGGAUAUUGUUGUCGCUAAUGCCGGCAUUGCUGACCACUAUGCUGCCGAGGAUGUGACUGUGGAGCAAUGGAGAGAGAUCAUGAACGUCAACCUGGACGGCGCAUUCUGGACAGCACAGGCAGCCGGCAGGAUCUUCAAACAACAAGGACACGGCAAUCUCAUCUUCACGGCGUCCGUGAGCGCCAUACUGGUCAAUGUUCCUCAAAAGCAAGCAGCCUAUAACGCGUCCAAGGCUGGUCUUGUUCAAUUGGCAAGAUGUCUUUCGGUCGAGUGGGUGGACUUCUGUCGGGUGAACUGUGUUUCUCCUGGCUUCAUCGCCACAGACAUGCUGUCAGUCCAUCCCGAAGAGUGGAGGAAGAAGUGGUUCGGCAUGAUUCCUGCGGCGCGGCUCUGCGACCCUUACGAAUUGAAGGGGGCAUAUGUCUUUCUUGCCAGCGACGCAUCGUCAUAUAUGACUGGUGCGAACAUGGUCAUCGAUGGCGCUUACACUCUACCAUAGAGUGGCGAG